GUGGACUCCAUCCUGAGGGGGGACUACUUGACACCAGGGGGCGCUGCAGGGCCCAAAAGGCUCUGUCUGGUGUGUGGAGACUUUGCCUCCGGGUAUCACUACGGAGUGGCGUCCUGCGAGGCCUGCAAGGCGUUCUUCAAGAGAACCGUCCAGGGCAACAUCGAAUACAGCUGUCCAGUAACGAGCGACUGUGAGAUCACGAAGAGGCGGAGAAAGGCCUGUCAGGCCUGUCGCUUCCAGAAGUGUCUCCAGGCCGGGAUGAUGAGGGAGGGGGUGCGUUUGGACCGGGUCCGAGGGGGACGACAGAAGUACAAGCGGCGGGUGGAGACAGGGAGGUGCAGUCACCUGAUCAGCAGCAGAAACAAGAUGAUUUCACACCUGCUGCUCACUGACCCCGCCCCACUGGCUGCCAAUCAGGACAGUUCGACCAAUGACAGCAGCCUGUGCGCCCUGCUGACCCUGUGUGACCUCCUGAACCGCGAGCUGCUGGUUCUGAUUGACUGGGCCAAACAGAUCCCAGGCUUCUCCGGCCUGUCAUUGGUCGAUCAGAUGUCUCUGUUGCAGAACGGUUGGAUGGAAGCGCUGCUGGUGGGUGUGGCCUGGCGAUCGCAGGGCGCACCAGGGGAGGAGCUGGUGUUUGCCGGGAACCUGCGGUUGGACGAGGGCCAGUGUCGAUCGCUGGGAUUGGCCGAGCUGUACGAGGCGCUGCGUCACCUGACAGUGAAGUACCAGCUGAUGAGCCUGAGUCCUGAGGAGGUGGUGACGCUGAAGGCCAUGGCACUGGCCAACUCUG